CGAAAUAACAUUUCACGUACUUUUGUCGAACGUUUUUGAUUUUUUUGACGUUUUAAGAUAAGUGGCUGAUAUCUUUCGGAAAUUCGUGUGUUGUGGGGAAGAUUUUUACCGGUACAAUUUUUUGACCGACCGAGUCGAGCCGGCAGUAAAUAUAAAGAUAUAGUGAAGCACAAUAAUUCGGGUAUCCGUUAAAAUUCCUAGAGUUUUCAUUUUGAAUACGAAAUUUCGUAUACUAUCGGUGGGCCACAUUUUCAAUCCUAAUAAAAAGGCUCCGGGUCACUUUGGAGGACCGUGUUGGUCAAGCGUGUUCCACGCCAAUGCACAUCGACCUUGGAAGUCUUCAAAAUCUUGGGUAAAAAGUACUUUUCGAAUUCGAGCGUUCUCCGGAUUAAGUUUGAUGCGUCCCAAAAGUCGAUGUGACAAAAAAAUCAUCAAUAAAUCCAUCGGUCGUUUCGUUAUUCGUGAAAAUUUGUGAAAAACUUGAUAUUGGAAUUUUGGGCUGAAGUCCUAACGUUGAGAAUCGAGAAGUGAAUAGCGAGUUUUAAAACUUUUCGGAAGCCUGCAGCGAAAAUUUCGUGUACAGAAUGCCUGUUCUACAGAUGGUACGAAGCGGCGGGUCGCACACAUAAAAUCCUCAAACAAAGUCGACCCUCGAAGGGGCGUUGGCGAGCGGCUCCUCCCCCCUUUUUGGGUAAAGCGAGUCGUCCAAGCCUGCAGCAACGGUAGUUAUAUAUAUAUUUUUUUUCGUGGAGUUUGGGCGGCCGGCUAUAGCAGCAUCUGCUGCUAGGCCGAUGAAUCAAACAUCCAGCGGGGAGCGCGCAUAGGGGCUCGAAAUCGAAAAUACGAUAUUGAGGAAAUAUCAAGACCCAGCAGUGUUUUGUUUCGAGGGACGCGCAUCGCUUCUCCACAGUGUAGCAUCAAACAUCACUUAUAUAUAUGUAUAUAGCCGUAGAAAGGUUAGAUAUUAUAUAUAAUAUAUAGGAAAGUAGGAGAAGGGUAGAUUAGGGGGUUCUCUCGUUCAACGGGGUGGGCGGCUAGGUCGAGAGCAGCCCCCGCGUACGCCCCUGCUAAACCGAGGCCGGGCCGCGGUAACAGGGAGCGACCAAUGGUAGAGGACAUGCAGCUUGACGAUUAUCCUCCGCGAGGUUGAGCAUCGGUAAAGGGGGGUUUGGGGAAGAAGGGAACGCGUUCAGUGGCGUCGCGCGCACCGCCCCACUACGAGCAAUCAGUUGGCUACGAGCUAGUCUACAAGUACGUUUUACGAGCUCUCGAUUCAGCCGUGUUCCGUGUAUAUACCAGUAUAUACGUAUACUUGUAAAGGAAAGAGCCUAUAUAUAUACGUGGAGUUAUAUGUGUGGUGGUACAGAGCGAAAAGGCAUUACAGGCGGACCUUGAGAGCCCCCGAAGAGUGCGCGAUAUCCGUGUAUACGCCUCGCGGACGCCUAUCUACGGUUCGAGUGGAAUUUUGACACACGGUGGGAAAUCUCGCCUCUUCCGCGCGCUAUCUUCCUCGCGUUCUCGCCCCGCGCGCGCCCCGUUCGUCGCUUCUUUCGCCCAACUGGGCGUGUGUUUGCGCUUUCGCCGCGAUCUUCCUACCAAACUUCUAUCGGCCCCGGCUCUCUUUUAUCACGGCCAACUCACCGCACUCCUUUUUUCCUUUGUUAUUAUUCAAACGUACACACACGGAAAUAAAAUAAGGAGGGAAUCUUACAAGACAGAAACGAAAAUUAAAAAAAGUUCACUUUACUGAGAAGCAUUUUUGUAGUUAUUGUACCAGCAUACUCGAGCAACGCUCUGAACUGUCUUUACUGCUGACGAAAGCACUGGAGUGGGAGAAGACACUGCAGCGUGUUUCUCUAAACGUGAGAGAGAAAUAAAGAGAACGAAAGUGCGGUGUGCGUGUUUAUUCAACGUGUGCGCCAGAUCAAAUUUAAGUGAAUAUUCGUAACGAUCAAGCAUACAAUUUAUACGAUAAACUUGAAGUCAAUGUAUACGCUCGCACACAUAUAUAAUAUGCACAUAUAUACCGCAUCGAUCGAAAAACGAAAGGACUGUGGACGUGAAUAAAAGCCGUCGUAUACCAUCGAAUAAAAACGUAUAUAACACGUGAAACCUCAGUGCGCGGGCGUGAGAUCUCCUAUCAUAUAUACUACACACCACAAAUCGUGAAUCCAAAUAUAUGUACGUGUACAUUGCACGUAUGUAUACUUUUCGAGUACACAUACAGUGAAAACACGCUCGGCUGCGUGCAAAGCCAACUCUCUCUCGCGCCCGCGCGUCCUUGUUUCCAUCGUUUCUCGUCUCCGACGAAGAGCGAAUGUUUCGAGACGUUCUUCGGGAAAGACGCGUACAGUAAACCGCUUGGUGGAAUAUAUACAGAUAUAUACGAUACGACGGAGUGUAAACGGUCCCGCUUGAACGAUGUUACGAGGCCGUUUGGACAUUGCCGUUGCCAACAAAACGUGAAGUGGUAACAAAUAACGGAGUAUAAAAAGAUAGAAACGAAUUGUUUUUUUUUACUGAAAAUAUUCGGGUAGCGUAAAGUUACGCCUGUCGGACGAGACGAGCGGGGGAGAGAGUUGUUAUUUCAGGGACCACACGACGAGCGAGUGAAACGGAGGAGAGCUCUCGAUCGCACUAGGAAAAAAGCGUAGGCGAAUCAGCUCUGGGCUAUGGCUGAUACGAAGAUCCUCCAAGAACCCAAGCAAGAGAUAGAGGAUCCCCACGAACAAUUACAAAAUCAGUCUCAAGUUCAAGAGGAACAACAACAGCAACAACUGGAGCAACAACAAAUAGCUCAACCACAAAUUCGCUUUGUGAGCGCCAAUGUGUUGCAACAAUUGCAACAACAACAGGCCCAACAACAACAACAGCAUCAACAACAUCAGCACGAUGUUCAACAACAGCAAAUUCACCAACAUCAACAACCUCAAGUUAUCACACUUCAGCAAUUACAAAAUUUUAUGCCGCUCCAAGCAACUCAACAACAUCAACACGAUCAACAAAGAACCCAGACUAUUUCCGUUCAGGCGUUACAACAACAAUUUCUGCAGGGCGCCCAGUUGAUCAGUAAUCAGGCAGUACUGCAGCAGCAGCAACAACAACAGCAGCAGCAGCAACAGCAACAACAACAGCAACAGAAUCAACAACAACAACAGGUUCAGCAACAAGCCCAGCAACAACAACCGCAGCAACAGCAGCUUAGUUACAGUGUCAUACCGCAAAUGCAAACAGUUAAUAUCGAUGGACAGGAGGCCCUUUUUAUACCGUCGUCGGCGAUGUCAACCACCGGUACGCAGCACCAACCUCAACCAGCGAUGCAAUUCACUGCUGCGGGUGGUCAACAAGUUCAACUUUCAAAUGGUCAAACAAUCAUCACACCCCAUCCGGUCAGUCUCAUAAGAGCGCCACAUGUAUUUCCAACUUCAAUCAUUCAAAGCAUCGGUGGCCAAACGGUUCAAUUACCAACAGAUUCCAAGGCUACCCUCGAUGUUUCAGGUCAGAGUGUACAGGUGAGGCCGUUGCAAUUUCCAAUGCAACAUGUGCAGCAAACUGUGCCGGUUCAGGUACCGGUGAACGCUGGAAACGGUCAGACCGUUUACCAAACCGUACACUUUCCCAUUCAAGCCUUAUCCAAUGUUUUUAAUAUGGGUGCGACACAAAUGAUACCGCAGAUAACACAACAAAUGCCACAAAUGGCUCAGAUCAUAACUCCCAAUGGUCAAAUACAACAGGUACAAAUAGCCAAUUUACCGCAGUUGCAAGGUUUGCAGGGCCAACAGGUUGCGCAACACGUUGCGCAACAGGUCGCCCAACAACAAGCGCAACAACAAGUUGUGCAGCAAGUUGCCGCCCAGCACCAAUCACAGCAACAGGUCGUUCAACAACAGCAGCAACAAGUUACUGAUGCUCAGGUACAACAACAACAACAGGUUCAACAAGUCGUACAACAAGUUAUACAACAGCAGCAGCAACAGCAGCAACAACAACAACAACAGCAGCAGCAACAAGUUCAGGCCCAACAGGUUGUUGCUUCGACACCAACGUCCAGCACGACUUGGACAACGAGUGUCGCUGGGCCUGGUGGAAAUGUUCAGGUCGUGGGCAUUGGUUCACUCGGAAGACCCGUUGGAGCUGGUGGCGCUGGCGGAGCCGUUCUUACCACAAAAGACGGUCAGAAAAUCGACGUUCAAACCCUGUCCGCUCUCACUAGACCUUCGGAGGAAGGAGGCGACAUAAAACUUACUAGUAUAGACGCGAGUCAACUGGCCAGUGGUCAAGUCAUUCACAUACCCGCUGCUCAGUCGCAACAGCAGACGAUACAACCCAUCACCAUCACAGGUGCUCAAGGUCAACAGCUGACUCUCAUACCAGCUUCAGCAUUGGCGAACAUAACAGCUCAACAGGGUGGAAUGAUGAGAGGGAUAAAUGUGGGAAACGGUGGUAUAAUGCAGCUCCAACCGGCGAACGCGAUGAACACAACGAACGGAUUUCUCCAAUCGAUUCCCGUACAAAAUAUUCCAGGCUUGGGUAACGUCCAAGUGAUACCGGCGAGUGCAUUACAGCCAGCAGUCCAAACAAUGCCGGCAGCGAGCGCAAGUACACCCGGAGCGCCAAUCGUCGCUUCGCCAAACGUCCACAUAGAUUCCGUAGAUUCACCAAAAUGGCAAAUUCUACAAACAAUACAAUCGAACGGUGGAUUAUCGAGUAGUACACCAACGCCUCAACAGCAUCAACAUCAAUCUCCCUCAACUCCGAGCGCUAGCGGCGAGCCUGACACGAGUAAACAACAUCGACGUCGCGUCGCUUGUACCUGUCCCAAUUGCGGCGAAGGCGAUCGUAAUCGCGAUCUCAGCCGCAAGAGGCAACACGUUUGUCACAUCGCUGGAUGUAACAAAGUCUAUGGAAAAACGAGCCACUUGAGAGCCCAUCUUAGAUGGCACACUGGAGAACGACCUUUCGUUUGCAGUUGGAUAUUUUGCGGCAAAAAAUUCACGAGAUCGGACGAACUUCAGCGACACAGAAGAACUCACACCGGAGAAAAGAGGUUUCAGUGUCCUGAAUGCACGAAAAAAUUCAUGCGAUCCGAUCAUCUUACAAAACACAUCAAAACUCACACUAAAAUUCGCAGUACGGAAGCCGCAACUUCAACGCAAGAAGGCUCCUCCGAUAGUCAAUCCUCCAGUGAAAAAAUCAUCAUAGCUAUACACAAAGAAUCCGACAAUUCGGAAAUGGUGAUUCCCGAAGAAAUGGAUGCGAUCGAGGGCCCCACUGCAACUCUCGUUCCUAACGAUUAAUCUUAGAAACGUCGAAUGCUGUCAAUCUAUGUAACAUAAUAGAACAAAGGACUUAUUGUUGAUGCGCAACAGUGAAGUAUAACUUACUCACUUGAAUGUAUACCGCAAAGUUGUUCACCACGGAUUAUACGAACUGCGAUAUGUGUUACGCGCACGAUAAAUUUUACAUCUAAUCAUGAUUAUUGAUAAAUAUCUCGAAAAUUUUCGCGAAUUAGUUUGUGUCGAAUGUAUCUAUAUUUUUUUAUCAACCGUAUGUAAAAAUGUAUAUAUUGUAUAUGAUGUAAAAAAAACUUUUAUAGAAAAAAAAUUUUACACUUGAACGUUUUUGAACGUUACAAUAAAAGUAUGUGAUCAUUA